CGAGGCGUCCGCAUUGUUUCUGAAGGUAGUAUGGAGCAUUUCGCUCUGCACGAGAAGACGGGACAUUUAGUGACAGCGGCGAGGAUCGACAGAGAGCAGCUCUGCGAGGAAGUGCAGCACUGCGUGCUGCGAUGUGCGCUGAUAGUGGAGGGACAGAUGCAGGUUUACGGGAUCCAAGUGGAAAUCACGGACAUUAAUGACAACGCGCCCAGCUUUCGACAGGCAGAAAAAGAACUGAGAAUGAGCGAGAUGACAGCGCCAGGCUCGAGAUUUCCCCUCUCCGAGGCUCAUGACCCGGACUCGGGCCGGAAUUCUCUGCAGAGCUACGAGCUGAGCGGCGACGAGCACUUCUCGCUGGCCGUGCAGACGGGCCCCGGCGGCGAUCAGCGUCCCGAGCUGGUGCUGGCCAAGGCGCUGGACCGGGAGGAGGCGGCGUUUCACGAGCUGGUGCUGAGGGCGAGCGACGGCGGCGAUCCGGCACGGACGGGCACGGCUCGGAUCCGCGUGACGGUGCUGGACGCGAACGACAACGCGCCCGUGUUCAGCCAGGCCGAGUACACGGUGCGUGUGCCCGAGGACGUGCCCGUGGGCUCUGUCCUCGUCACUGUCACGGCCACGGACGCCGACGAGGGGUUGUAUGGACAGGUGAAAUAUUCGAUUCAGAAAAUCACAGAGAAAGCCUCCCAGACAUUCCAGCUGGACGACAACACGGGAGCGAUCACCCUGUUACAGGGCCUGGACUUUGAGGAUGGUGCUUCCUAUGAACUAGAGGUGCAGGCACACGAUGGGGGAGCUCUUUUUGACACGACAAAAGUCGUGGUCUGUGUGACAGAUGUUAACGACAAUGUGCCAGAUAUUUCGAUGCGGUCGGCACUGAGCGAAAUUUCAGAAGAUGCGCCGUCGGGAACAGUCGUGGCCCUUUUGCAUGUGCAGGACCGGGACUCGGGGGCUAACGGCGAGGUGCGCUGCUCGCUCGACGAGGGUAUCCCGUUUAGACUGGAGAAAUCUUUUGAGGACUACUACCGU